AUCGGCAAGGUUCAUCGAUCGCUGGCUCUAAUGCUCUUCAUGGACUUUCGAAAUUCGUAUCGGCGAGUAAACACGUGGUUUCUGAUAACCUUUUUUCGCUGGCAUUCGCUACGUGCCCAUAUCUCUCGCCCUGUAUACGAAUGAUAAUUAUUUGACCGGCGCAAUAUAAAUAAUCCCAGGGAUGCCGCGAUCUGUGAGAGACUCAGACGACGAUGCGGAGUCGAAAACAGGUCGUACACGAUCUCAGAGGUUUAACAUACAUUCUACAGUGAAUUCUCCAUUGCGCCGUAGCAGCAGAAUAAAGCAGAGUAAACAUUCACCAGUCUCCCCUGAAAGCGAUACUAGUAGCAUCAGCAAUAGUCAACUGGUCAGAAACACUAGAAGUCGAGCAACCAUGGAUAAUGAAACAUUAAGAGAUGGUCGUACUAGGAAGCCUUCCAUUUCUUCGGAUAUCAAUGAAUCAAUAGACGUCGAUAUCGUAGAGACACCUAAGAAAAGAAUUACAAGGAGCUAUUUGACUGCUGGUUCUAUUGGUACUCCUACUAAAAUUAACACUCGAGCAUCAAGUAAGCGUUUUAUACGAGCUGGUUCUGAAGCAAAAUCACCAUUGCCGGUGGUUAGAACACGUAGAACAAGAGCUAGUUCUGUCGAUCCAGAAUCUUUUUCUGAGCAAAAUAGAAGUCAGCCUGGCACACCAAUUAAAACAUAUAAACGACAUGUGACACCAGGUUCUCCAGUUAAAGAAGAAGAUGAAAAGAAGAACCUUAUACCUUAUGUACGAUUGGAUGCUACAAUAGUUGAGACUGAGGAAUUAACAAAUUCAGGAAACUCAGAUUCUUCUUCAGAAAAAGCAUUACGUUUCCAACAAAGCCAAAGAAUUAACAAGAAAAGUCAAAGUAUACAUAGUGAAGUUGAAGAAGAUACUCAUGAAUCAGAACAAGUACUUCGACUAUCAGAGGAAAAAGACGAAAUACAUGAACAUACAGAUAAAAUAACAAAGGACAAUGAAACUAUUCUUGCUGGAAAACGCAAAUCUGAGGAAAAUUCAUCUAGUAGUACAACUGAUGAAAUGCAGAACAAUUCAAAUCUUCUUUCAAGUGCUAAAGAAGAAGAUAAACUGGAAAUAAUUAAAAAUUCACCAGGAAAAGAAAAGUCAGUAAAAUAUUCGAAGGAAUUAAUGAUUAAGAUUGAAAACUUUAUGAAUCCUAUGGAACAAAAAGAAAGCCCGGGUAACAAGGAAAAUCAAACUCUGAAUAUUAUUAGUGACUCGUUAGAAAGCAACAUACAGGCUAUUAUCAAUGUGACAUCAUCAACGAAAUGUCUGAGUCCAAUAUUUGUGAAUAAAUCGUCAAAUGAAAAGGAAACUAAAUUUACUAAAAAUGAAUCAAAUUUAGAUUUAACAGACAAACAAAAGUGUUCAGGUAGCCCUUCAAUAAAUGAUACAACUAAAAGACAGAGCUUGAUACAUGAAGCAGAUAAUAAAUCGACUACAAACGAUACAAAUGAAUCAAUUUUACUACAACAUGAAGAUGUAGAAGUAAUUGACGAAGCUACUGUCAAAGAUAAAACACCUAUUAAACAGAUAAGUAAAUCUAUUGAAAAUACAAUAGAAGAUAUCGCUGAAUCAGAUGAAGUCGUUAGCAAAAAUUUUAACAAAAUUGAAUUAAAUAAAAGUCCAAAUUCGUCUAAAAUACAAAGUAAAAUAGAACAGGAAAGUGAUAACACAAAAAACUCGAAAUCUAUUUCUAUAAUUGAUGAUAAUGAAAUUAAAUUAGAAGAGCAAUGUCAAGAUCAAGAUCAAAAUAAAUCUCCCUCAGUAGAUUUAGUAGGCACAUCAUCAGUUAAUAAAGAUUCUAAUGAUCAAUCCAAUCCAGUAGAAAAACAGUCAAUUAUAACUCAGGAUAAUAUUGAUAAUACUGAUUUUACAGAACAGGAACAGAGGAAUUCCUCGAAGUAUGCAAUAGAAUCAGAUUUAGAAUCCUCCAAUGCUCCUCUGGAAACAUUUAAUUCCACAUCCAAUGCAUCAAAUGAGGAUAAUGCAGAAAUUCAAGAUGUUCUUCUAUCUCCUAUUUUAACAGAAUCUUCCGAAAAAUUCCCAACAAAUAUGUCGUCUAAAAAAACAGAAACAAAAAGUACAUUGAAAAAUAUUGCAAAACAAGACUUGACACAGAAAAAUACAGAUAAUAUACAUGAUCAGUUAGAAAAAGAAAAAGAGGAUUUGCAAUUGAAAAACCAGGAAGAUACAAAUACGAAUAUCGAUCCUGAUGUUAGUGUGUUUCAUGCUAAUCCUAGUGAUAAUUUUAACGAAAAAGAAAUUGAAGAGGAAAUGGAUGUUGAAAUCAGCUCAGUGCACUCUAAUUCUCAGUUAUUGAAAGAAAAUGAAAGCGAAACUGAAUGUGAUCUUGUCUUGGUAGAUAAGAAAGCAUGGUUGGCUGCUGAAAACAUAAAAGCGGCAAAAGAAGCUGAAUCUUUCGAAUAUGAUUCCGAUGAUACUGUGUUAUUAAAGAGCCGAUCAGACGUAAGAACAACGAAUUAUGAACAAUUGCUCACAAUAAAUGAAGACUCAUCAUCAGAAAAUCAAGAUGCAAAGAUGAAAGAAAGAAAUCGUGAUAAAAAAUCAUUGAUUAUGAUAGAGGAAGAAGAAAGCGAUAAAGAAGCAAGUAAUUCAUUUAGAAAAAAACAUAUGCUUGAAAAAUGUAAGGAUUCUUCACUUAGCUGUACGGAAGAUGAAUCGGACGAUUUUAUUGCGAAUGUAGAUAAAUCUGUAAAUGAGUUUAAAGCAAUUUUGAAUCAAAGUAAUGAUCGUUCUGUUUCCAAAUUAAAUAAAUCAGGGCAAAUUGUAAAAGCAAUGAAACAAUCAUUUGAAACAGAUGAUGAAUCAGAUGAAAUUGAAGAUGAUUCAAAUAGAUCAAACAGAAGCUUGCGAGUAAAUGAGAAAAAUAAAUCUUUAUCAGAAUCAAUGGAAAGAAGAAAAUCAUUGAAUAAAUCUUCAACAAAAGAUAUACCUUCAAGGCAAGAAGAUAAAGUUGUCCAAAAUAUUUCUCUAAAUAAAUCUCAAAAAGAGUAUUCAAGAAAAGGAUUGGAUGACACAUUAUAUUUAGAAAAGAAAGUACAAGAUUCGGAAAAAAAAUCACAAAAGAAAAAACGUUCCUUGAAUAAAUCACAAGAUACAGAUGAAAACACGAGCAAAUCUGAAGAGAAGAAUUUGCCAAAUGUUGAGACGUCAAAUGAUGAUGAAAGUGAUAAAGAUGAAGUAGUUAUACCAGUUAUGAAGUUUGCUAAAAACUAUUCUAUAAUAGCAUCUAAUGGAUCAAAUUCUGAUGAGAAAUCAGAUAGCAGUGAUGAAGAUUCUUACAUUCCAGCUAUUCCACUUGAAACUCAUAGCAAUGAUUCUGACAGUAAUUCUGAUGUUAAUUCAUUAAUUAAUUCUGAUAUUGAGAAAGAAUAUAAUUUGAAUGGAGGAGAACAAAAAUUUUCUGAUGAUAAUGUACCUGCUGAUGAGUGCCGAGCUUCAGAAUCGGAAGCUUCAGAUCCUGAUGAUGAUGGUUCAGAUCUUGCAAGUUUUAUAGUUGAUGAUGAUGAAGUAAUAGAAGAAGAAGAAGAAGAAGAAGAAGCCGAUGAUAAUGAUGAUGAUGAUGAUGAUGAUGACAACAUUUUCCAUGAUGAUGAAGAAAAAGAGGAAAGUAACAAUGAAGAAGAAAAUGUGAAAAAUAUGAAAGAAGCCGAGGAAGAAAAGGAGGAAGUAGAUGUUGAAAGUAUAGACGAACAGAGUACAAAAGAAAAGAAUAAAGUUGCAAAAAAGAAGAAAAUAAAAAAUAAAAGAAAUGAACAAGACAUGGAUAUAGAAAAGGAGGAAGUGGAUGUUGAAGGUAUAGAUGAACAAAAUAUAAAAGAAAAGAAUAAAGUUGCGAAAAAGAAGAAAAAAAAUAAAAGUAAUCAACAAGAUAUGGAUGCGGAAAAGGAGGAAGUGGAUGUUGAAGGUAUAGAUGAACAAAAUGUAAAAGAAAAGAAUAAAGUUGCAAAACAGAAGAGAAUAAAAAAUAAAAAUAAUGAACAGGAUGUGGAAAAUGUGGAAAACAAAGCGGAAGAAAAUGUUAUAUUGGAUGAGGAGGAGGGAGACACAGAAGGAAACUCUAUUAAAUGUAUUCCAUCUAAUACAAAAAUGCUUUCACCUGAGGUAAAAAGCACAAAAAUAAAACGAGAUUUCAAGAAAAAAAAAUCUGACAUGGAAAACAAAACCAUUUUAUUAGAUACAUCACACUCAGAUUCAUCGAUUACACAAAAGAAUGAAGAUAUUGUUUUAUUGGAUACACCUAAUUUGUCAGCUAAAAAAAAAAAGAGAUCAAAUGUACAAUUUUUUCCAGAAAAUGUAACAGAACAAGACUUGAUGGAACAAUCAAAUAAGUCUGAAAAAAUAAGAAAGUUGCCAAAAUCGCACAAAUUUAUAGGAUGUAGUACCCCAAAACUUGACACGCAAAAAUUCGAGUUUACUGAAACACCUGAAACAGCGAUGAGAAUUUCAGAAAUUAAGGAUAUCAAGACAGAUGACACGAAAACAACACAGACAGAUACUUCGUUUAAGAAAAAGAAAUCCAAGAGAGAUUCCAUAUUAAGAGAGAACGUCAGUUUAAGGGAAUUUAAUCCUACAACCGAUGAGAAAAAACGAUUAAAUAGAAGUCUUCCAUCCGACCUACUGGAAGCUAUAGAAAAAGCAGGACUCUCGAAACCGGUACAUUCCAAGAUGAGUGAUUUACGCAAAACAAUGAAUAUCACUCAUACUGAAUCACCUACAAUAAGAUAUCUCCGAAAAGAGAAAUUAAAUGAAAGUGCACCAGCAUUAAGUAUGGAACUUUAUUCAAGAGAGAAAAAACCAUCCUCUGCUAAAAAGGUAAAGGAUAUUGCACAAACUAGGACAAAAUUGGAAAAUGAUGAAGAGGCAAGCACAUCAGCCUUAAACGUGGAACUUGAUUCAGGAGAGAAAAAAGUGUCCUCUGCUAAAAAGGUGAAGAAUAUUGCACAAACGAGGACAAAAUUGGAAAAUGAUGAAGAGGCAAGCACAUCAGCCUUAAACGUGGAACUUGAUUCAGGAGAGAAAAAAGUAUCCUCUGCUAAAAAGGUGAAGGACAUUGCGCAAGCUAAAACAAAAUUGGAAACUGCUAAAGAGGAAAUACUUAAUCUGAUAAUUUCAUCUGGUGAUGAUGGCAUACAAAAGCGUAGAAAGAAACAGAAGAAACGUAAAGCGCGAACGGAAGACAUUUCAAGCGAAAAUAUCCCUGAUGAAGCCUUGACUCAAGAUGUGAUGGAAUCAGAUGUUCCUAAAAAGAAAAAACGUAUUAAACUUGCGCAAGAAAUCGUAGAAGAUGAUAGCAGAGAUAAUCAAACUGAUGAAAAGGAAAAGAAACGGAAGAAGAAGCAACUUAAUGUUAUUGAACGGAAUGAAAAUGUGAACGAAGAGGACGUGCUUCAAAAGAAUAUUCGCAAAAAUAAAACGGAGUCGAUGCGACGUAAGAGAAAAAAUUAUGAAAUUGUAGAUAGUUCAGACUUGAAUUUAUCUGCGGACGUAGUUCAGAAAAAAUCUAAACGACAAAAGAUAGCGGAAAGUGAAGAAAUGGUACCAGUAAAGUUAUUAGAUAUAAAGCAGAAGAAGAAGAAGAGAGAGGAAAAAAUUUCAUCGUCACAAAUUCGAACCUCAGAAUUAAAAUCCACUAAGGAUCUGGGAUCUAAUAAACUCCAAAAACAAAAUAUUCCAUCAGAUCCGAUUAAAUCCAAAAAUAUUGCUUUUAUCAAAGCACGGAAAGAAGCCCUAGAAGCGAUUCAUGCUGCAGAGAUGCGCAUUAGGGCUAGAAAUACAAAAGAAUUAAAAAAGAAAAAGCGAGAGAAUAUCGAAAAGACUCAGAAGCAAGUUUUAAAGAUUCCUGACAAGAAACAAAGAAAGGAAGUUACGGGGAAGAGUGAUUCCUUACCAUCGUCUUCAGGAUUGAAACGACUUCCAGAUGAUGUGGUCGAAAAUCUGACGGAUCAGCCAACGAGAGCGAAAAAGAAACGUUCACAAAUCCAGCAACAGAGUGGUCCAUCAGUUUUGUCCGGCAAAAAAUCGAAGGCAACGACUGCGAAGAACGAGGGUGGCUUGGUCGCAUCGAGUUCAUUUGGUAGCACCACAGAAUUCACUGUAGUAGAUCUACAAAAGGCUGAAAAACAAUCAUCAGGCAGUUCCGCAGCAGCUUCAUUGAGAGAACGUAUGCUCGCUAGGAAUAACCGGGAACCCGUUUCGGCUUAUAUGAUGUAUCUUGAGAAGCAAAAGGCAUCCUCAAGUAAUCGAUUUUUUUAAUAAUGCGUUUUGAAAACGUUCUUUUUAAUUUUCACUAAUAUUUCAUAAAUUAAAAAAAAAAAACUUUAUAAUUCAUAUAAGAUUAAGUUACUGUAUUUACACAUAUGGAUUUUAUCAUUAUUCGACAUUUUGAGCAAAGUGUUGUUCUAGAAUAAAAUAUUCGUGUUAUCAAGAAAUAAAAUUGGGAAGAUGCUGUAUUUUUUGAUUGCGUGUAUUAAUAUAAUUUUCUAAUGU